UGUUAGUACUGGGUCACAAAAGUAAUUCCGAUGUGAUGUUGUCUUUAAGGUCGGAGCUGAUGAGAGCUGAGGAUUUGAAUAUAGAACAGGGAGAGUGCGCUGCUGCUCUUUAUCUAGACAAAUGACUGUGGAUAUGAAUGCAUAGCACACAGUGUGGCACAGAGACGUGGGCAGAGAUGACUCCUACGCUGUACCUGCUGCUCUUGGGCAUCACUCUGAGAUCAGAAGCCCUUUCUGUUGCAGAGAAGAAGAUCAUCCCAGUCCACUCAAACACCACUGUCAGGCAGCACAUCAUUGUGGCAAUGGAAGAGGAGAGCAGAGUGCUUCAAUCAGCCCUGCACCUAUUUGGGAGACACUCCUCUACAUCAGCUCUUCUGUUAUUUCACAACAACACCUUUGAGCUCCUUAAGGGGGUGCUGUCUUCUUCAGCAGUGCAGCAUGAGCUCAGCCUGCUGGGUCAUGGCCCCAGUCCUUCCACUCCCACAGGGGGUGCUCUUCUCUCUGGAUACACCGCAGAUAAGCUGAUCCAUUUGCUCUGGGCUCUCCUAUCUACUCUCCCAGGCAGGCUCAGCAGCAUCACAGUGCUGAGCUGUAACCUGGGCCGGCACACACAGUUCACAUCUAAAAUACUGUACAGUCUCAGGUCUAGAAACAUCCACACCACAGUGUCCUUCUUCUUCUCCCCUGUGGCGGUCAGUCCAGUAGGGGACAUUCUCACUCAUACAAAGGGUCGGUGGACAUCUCAUGACCUCAGACAGCAAAUCACUGCUGAACUGGGCCUCAAGCCUGUUUGGAGAAGAGGUGAGCUGGGCUGUUCUGGCCCCCUAUACAGGGAAUAUAAGGGUCCUGUGUUGUUCUCUCAGACUUUAGACUGGCCCAGCCAUCCCCAAAUGUUUGUUCCCAAGGCCCUACGCAAGAAGUAUCCAUGCAUUGACUGUCUGGAAGGGCUGACAUGGAGUCUGUUCUUUGAAGAGAGUGAGAAGCGCCGUGCCCCUGAUUUCUCUUCAGAACAAGACCAAAAAAACCUGACCAUCACAUGGCUAAGCGUACCUCCACAGGCCACAAGAGUGUUCAAACAUAUCUCUAACAUUCAAGACCUCCUGGUGGAAAUCCGAUACAGUGCCAGAGAAGAGAUGUCCUCCAACCUGCUCUAUGUUCUCAAUGACUGUGUUUAUAGAGUGCACUGGUUUAACCUGAGUGUGAGUCUGGUGGGGAAGUUCCUCCAGGCUGAUGCUGCAGCAGAGAAGGAGCAGUUCCUGCAGAGCUUCAGUGAUAAGGCAGGCACUCUCCAGAGCCUACAGCAGGGCCUCAAAGCCUCAAAAUUCCAUGAGUUCUGCAAACAGACCUUCCAGUUCGGCCACUGCAACUACAACUGUGAGCUGUGGGGACAGUAUUUCAUGGUCGCUGUGUUCUCUGUGUCAGUCAUGAACUUCCGGGUCUUUUCCCUCUUCCUCAUGAGCACCAUCAGCUGUGAGGUGGGCCUGCUCCAUGGAGUGGACUCCCAUGUAUGCACCUCCUUUGUGGGGGAUGUGCACCCUAUGAUGAGUGAGGUGCCCUGGCCCAGGCACCCACGCAGGGGUUUCUAUGGCGGGACCAUUACAGAGUUCGAAAUGGCUCCACAGGAGCAGCAAAUAUGGCUGGAACAGGUGGUGGCCAAAGAGAAUGCACUGUACAUUCAGGCCAAGCAGAUUAUGAGUGUGGUGGACCAUGACCAACAGACAGAGCUGGAGAUCUUCGGCCGCGUCAAGGUCAUGAAUAAGUAUGUCUUUGCGUCCUACCUGGAGUUCUUCAGAGGCACCCCUGAGGGAAAAAAGCUGAAGACUGGAUGUAUCCUCACAUCCCCAGAAAGUGUUCAACCAUGA